AUGAAUGAAGUAGUGGAACCUACUACUACUACAUUGAUCAAUGUAGUAUCAUCGUCACCAUCAUCAACUGCUUCAUCUUCAACUUUAACAUCAACAUCAUUAGCAGUAUCACAACAACGACAACUGGAACAGCAACAACUACAACAACAACAACAACAACAAGUUGGCUCAACUACAUCAGGUGAUCAUUCACCAAACAUACAUGCAGGCGGCACAGCCUCACGCGUGACCACUAUCUACGUCGAGGAGAUACAGGGACGCAACAUCAAUGAGAAGGACGUGUUUGUAAAGUUCAAGGUUGAUGGCAAGAAGUUCAAGACAAAGACACAGAAGAAGACGGCCAACCCGCUGUGGAAUGAGAAGUUCACUGUCACGACCACGUCGAGGAUCGAUGACAUUGAGUUCACCGUGCACAGUCAGAACAUCCUGGGCAACAACGUUGAUAUUGGAAGCGUCAAGUAUGUCCUGCAGGUGUCCAACAAGCCCAUAGUCAAUGGCGCAUCGACCAUCACCACAGCCACCAGCUCAAACAAGUUGGCUCCGCCAACUCCCACUUCGGCGACAGCGACCACUGCCGCGGCAGGCAACUCCUCCGACACUUCUUCAGAGAGCAGUGCAACUGGUUCACUCAUAGACAGCUACACAAUCGAUCAGUGGAUGCCGAUGGAAAAGACAACGUCCGAACUCAAGGUGCUCAUGGUCAUAAGGAUACGCGACAUUGUCCUGCUCAAUGAUACAGACACAAGCAGCUCGGCAUCCACCGAGGACGGCGUCGUCACCCCAGCGACCCACGGCCCCGCACACAGUCUGUCGAGACAGCGAACGAUUGGGGGCGAUAGCAAGGAGCACAAGGACAUGUCAUCAUUCAUUGGCAAGGGUGGCAGCCAGAUCAAGAAGCUCACCAAGCGCAUUACUGCAAAGAUGGAGAAGGGCUCAGGGGGUGGCUCAUCCCUCAGCCUCGAAGCCAAGAAGAAGGAUGAGCGAAUGGCAAUCAUCGAGGAGCAGUUGGCAAAAGAGCGCACCAAGGAACUGGAGAAGGAGGCGAUCGAGCGAGAAAAGGAACGUGCACGCGAGAAGCUGAGGCAGCGCGAGGAGGAAGAGCAGCAGCGACAGCGCGACAAGGAGCGACAGGAGGAGCGACGUAAGGCCAAGGAGGCCAAACAGAAGAAAGAGAAGGAGACCAGAUUCCAGCCAACGCGACCUAUUGACUUCUUCUUUGUCGUUGGCUGCUCGACCAAGUUGGAGCCGAUCGACAAUCGAUACGAGACUGUUUCGCGCCAAGUCGACCCCCUGGAGAUGGCCUAUAAGGGUGAGCUGCUGGAUUUCUACCCGCCACGCGACGAGGAGAUACUUCCCAAUCACAUAUGGAUGUACUGCUUCCCCAAGGGAGCAACACUCACCAAGGAGGAGCAGGCGCCCUCCUUCUUCCCAUUUGUCCUCACCAAUGAGACUGGCGUGCGCUUCUAUGGCUCAUGUCUCACCUUUUAUGAACUGGCCAGCGAUGAUAUGGUAUCAGAGGUGAAAAAGAGACGUGGAUCAAGCAACACUGUCGAUGUACAGCAGCAGGUGGAUGGUGGCAGUGCGCAGACACCCACCAUGCGACCAUCAGGUGGCAGUGCAUCCACAGCAAGUCCACUCUCACUAAGUCAAUCAGGUUAUCAUCAUCCGAGCACAGUAUACGCACCAAAGUGCAUAUGCAUCCUGUCACAUUAUCCAUUCUAUGGCUACUUCCGAGUGUGUCUGAAUGACAUCUAUCAAAAGGUGUUCUUCUCACCGGCCGCCUCCACAUCAUUAUCAUCCAACUCCAAUGCAUUGCCAAUCGAGAGAACAAUCUACAACAUUGUCCAAGAGGUAGCAUUGCCAGUGCAAGGUGUCAACAGCGUAGUGCACACAGUCAACAACACAACCAUUACACUCAGAAGACCACCAGACUGUCUUUUACCCAUGUCCGAACUUCCAUACUCUCUACUCUUUAAAUGUUUGGAUAUCAAGAGUGUAAUACUCUUGUUUAAAUGUAUAUUGCUCGAACAGAAGAUCGUAAUCAUCAGCGAUCACUACUCCCUGCUGACCCUUAUCGCCGAGAUUGUCUCAUCCCUCCUGCAUCCAUUCUCUUGGCCACAUGUCUAUGUACCAAUAUUGCCAGAGUUGUUGCUAGAGUACAUCUAUUCACCCUUCCCAUUCAUUAUGGGAGUACACAAAUCAUACAGCCAUAGCAUCAUGACUGAGGAGAACUUGCUUAACGAGAUUGUCGUCGUGGACUUGGACAACAAUCACAUCAUGAUACCUCAGUCACAGACCACGCUGAAUCAGGCUAGCAUGCCUGAGCGCGAGACCACACAGCUGAUCAAUCAACUAAGACGCGUGUUGCAGUACGAACUGUUGGCGUCCGACUUGCCCAACUUCAACCUCAACUCCAUGUCACCAAUGCCCGCUCCUCCCAAUACCAGUUCAGCGUCGACAAACACAGGUCUAAGGUCGACCCAACAACAGCAACAGCAACAACAACAGGGUGGUCGACCACACUUCCACUCAGCGCCUGCACCUCCAUCAUCUGCAUCGAUCGACGACCACAUCCGCCUCUCAUUCCUUCAAUUCUUUUGCUCGAUAAUGUGCGACUACCGACGCCAUCUCAAGUACUUGCGCGUCUUCCCCAAGCCAAUCACUCUGUUCAAUCGCGCAGAGUUUAUCAAGUCAAGGACAUGGCCCUCAUCGCAGGAUAAUGGCACAUUCUACACGGCUCUGGUUGACUCACAAGCCUUCAGCUUCUUCCUGGACCAGCACAACUGGCCCAAGACCAACUUGUUCGACUACCUGAUCGAGACGCAAAAGUAUAAGCGUCCAGUCGAAGAGUUGUGCGCACAGUACUACACGACCGUGCACCAGGGUCUGGGUGUGUUGGAGCAGUCAAAGUAUACGACGGUUCAUGCACCAGCUCCUUCAGCUCUUCGUAGGAAUAGCUCCAGUGCUAGUGGCAGUGGAAGCAGCAGCAGUAGCAACAACAACACAUCAGCCGGCAAGGAGUGCAUCAGAUUCCCUCAACUUAAGCAGGAUGCGAUGGCAACUCCACAGGCGAGCGUCAACAAGCCAGCCAGCGUGGCCAUCCAGGCCAAGGAAGUGCCUGUCUCUAUGGAGAUCUACAGCAACUCAAUCUCGAUUGGCGACAGUGUACUCUCGCUUCAACAAGACGGCCUACCAUCAAAGAUCAUUGAAGAGCAGUACAAAUCAUUUGUGGCCAUCAUCGAACAACUGAUCGACAGACUGGGCAGCGACGCCCCGCCAGAAUCCUCUGACAUCCAACAAGUGCUAGAGUUGCUCAAGUUUGACUCGGGCAGACAGCUCUUUGGCCGCUUGCUCAUGAAGCAUCAGAAGAACUCGGCGGGCGAGAACGUGCCCAUCAAGGCGCGUCUGAGCGACGCUCUGUUCUACUGUCUUGGCGACCUGCUCAAGGCGGCUCUGCGAGAAGCCAACACUCACUCGGACUUUGCCUCGACGCGCAUGUACCUCGAGGCGUCAUUCGUCUACCAUCGUCUAGCCAAUGGCUCGAACGAGCAUGUGAGCGAGCGACUCAGGAACCAGGACAUCUGGCAGAACUACAACUUCUGGGAGCAGUUCUUCUACGACACACUCGAGCAUCGCUGUCGCAUGCUCUACGGUAACAUCAUACGCGAGAUGAUAAAGUGGGGCUCAUACACGACAGACAAGCAGGACAAGCUCAAGCAGGAGGAGAAGGACAUGGAGUUCUCACUGCUGAGCAAGAUGGUGUACUACAUGAUCAAUCUGGGCUCGCAGCCCGAUCUCGUGCGUCGCUUUGUCAACAAGAUGUGCUCCCGAGUCAGCUUUGACGCGGACCGCACCGACACGAUGAUGCAGGUAGUGUCCAACAUCACGAGGGCACGCGAUAUUCAGGACAUGGAUCAGAUCGACGCUAACAAGGCCACUACCGUCGCAGCAGAUGCCAGCAGCAGACACAUCCAGAAGGAGAUGUCCAAGUCGACCAAGGCCAAGGACAUCUAUUUGCCCGUAGGACUGAGGCACGUGUCCACAAAUGAGGGCAUUGAGUUGUUGACUCAUCUCAUCGAUGAGAAGUCCAGCAACAUAGUGGCGCAGCGCAACAACAAUGCCAAGAUCAUGAAUUUGCGAAGUGCAUGGGCUGAGACUCGAUCAAAGACUAGUGCCAAGUUGGACUACCGCGACAUCUCAGAGAACAGAGGCGACUACAUCAUGAAGACAUUCACUGGACACAAGGAGGGCGUGCUCUGUCUGGCAUUGGUGGCGCACGGCCACAAAGAAACCAACGCGCUGAUCACAGGCAGUGCAGACUCUACACUCAAGGUGUGGGAUAUGACUUCGACUCGUUGUCUUGGCACGCUGGAGGGACAUGGCGGAUGGGUCAACUCGAUCGAGGUUGGCGCCGACUCCAAGGUGUUUAGCAGCUCGUACGACAAGACCAUCAAGCUGUGGGACUUGAGCAAGUGCGCCAAGAUCAAGUCUUUCAGAGGCCACAAGGGCUCGAUCAGUUGUCUACGCAUCUUUGACUCUCAUCAGAUAAUCUCUGGCUCGUACGACAACACGAUUGGUGUGUGGGACGACCGCGCUUCAAAGCCGUCGGCCACACUGGUCGGCCAUCAGCAGCCCAUCAUGACAUUGGUGUGUGAUGGCUACAAGGUCAUCUCAGGAAGCAGGGACACAAACAUCCGUAUAUGGGACAUCCGCACGAUGAGCACACUCAAGAUACUCUCAGGUCACAGCGAUUGGAUCAAGUGCAUGGAGCACGACAUGGACACACUGCUCACUGGCUCAUGCGAUGGCAAAGUUAAGGUGUGGUCGGUUGAGAGUGGCGAAUGUCUGAGGACGCUUCAAGGCCACUCAGGCAGCAUCAACUCACUGUUACUUCAUCGUGGCGACGAGGAUGACAACAAUCAACGAAAGUUCAUUACGGCCUCUGCCGACUCUACGCUACAAGUAUGGGAUUCAAACUAUGCUGAGAGCUACCACACGCUGUCUGGACACACUGAUGAGGUGAUGGGUGUCAAGAGCUUCAUCAACAGUCUGGUUGUAUCAGGAUCAUACGAUGGCACUGUCAAACUAUGGGAUGUCAACACUGGAAGAGCACAUCGUACCAUCCACAAUCACACCAACAGGAUCUCCUCACUUGAGACCAACGAAUCUACAAUCAUCACUGGCAGUUGGGACAAGACAGCCAAAGCAUGUGUCUUUGGAUUGGACUUUAGGACUUAA